UCCAAGCCAGAGCUGUGCUCCACAUUGGGGAAAGCUCAGGCACAGAAACAAACAAGUAUCUACCACCACGAGAUGGGGAGCGGAAUUAGCUCAGAGAGCAAGGAGUCAGCCAAAAGAUCCAAAGAACUGGAGAAAAAGCUUCAGGAAGAUGCUGAACGAGAUGCAAGAACUGUCAAGUUGCUGUUAUUAGGUGCGGGAGAAUCUGGAAAAAGUACAAUCGUUAAACAAAUGAAGAUCAUCCAUAAGAAUGGUUACAGUGAGGAAGAAUGCAUGGAGUUCAAAGCAGUAAUUUACAGUAAUACACUGCAAUCCAUCCUAGCUAUUGUGAAAGCCAUGACUACCCUUGGGAUUGAUUAUGUAAAUCCCACAAGUGCAGAAGACCAGCAACAACUCUGUGCGAUGGCCAACACUCUGCAAGAUGGCGGCAUGACACCUGAACUGGCUGAGGUAAUAAAGCGACUCUGGAGGGACCCCGGAGUUCAGGCCUGCUUUGAAAGGGCAUCUGAGUAUCACCUCAAUGACUCAGCAGCUUACUAUCUUAAUGACGUCGACAGAAUCACAGCUCCUGGAUAUGUCCCGAAUGAGCAAGAUGUGCUACAUUCUCGAGUCAAAACAACUGGAAUCAUUGAAACUCAAUUCUCCUUUAAAGAUUUGCAUUUCAGAAUGUUUGAUGUAGGAGGACAGAGAUCUGAGAGAAAGAAAUGGAUUCACUGCUUUGAAGGCGUUACAUGUAUUAUAUUUUGUGCUGCUCUCAGUGCCUACGACAUGGUCCUAGUGGAAGACGGGGAAGUGAACAGAAUGCAUGAAAGCCUUCACCUGUUCAACAGUAUCUGUAAUCACAAGUACUUUGCAACCACCUCCAUUGUCCUGUUUCUCAAUAAAAAAGAUCUCUUUCAAGAAAAAGUAACCAAAGUGCAUCUUAGUGUCUGCUUUCCAGAAUACACUGGACCAAAUACAUUUGAAGAUGCAGGGAACUACAUCAAAAACCAGUUUCUAGACCUGAAUUUAAAGAAAGAAGAUAAGGAAAUUUAUUCCCACAUGACCUGUGCUACAGAUACCCAAAAUGUCAAGUUCGUGUUUGAUGCAGUUACAGAUAUAAUAAUCAAAGAGAAUCUAAAAGACUGUGGGCUUUUCUAAUCAAUCUGUUCUUUCUUCCACUCUUGCUCAUGUACACUUUUCAAGAUACAAAAGGAAGGUGCUGUGUGAUGUGCUUAGUUUUAACAGUUUAGUGUUCUAAAGUAAAAACUUUUCAUACAAAAAAUUUACAUAUUCUCAGCUAUAUCUGGGUAGGUUUCAGUUUCUCUGGGACACUGAUUUUCAUGUCCUCGGAUCUGAAAAUGUACAUUUUCAGAUUGUAAUAUGUAGCAGUACAUAUCAAUGACCGUGAGUUUGCUUGGUAGAAAAUUUCUGUAUUGCGAUCCAUUUCUAAUCCUAGAACAAUGACAAAUGCAAGGUAUUCUGUGUUAUUUCAUUGGCCACAUUUUGAGAGGCAUUUUUACUGAUAUGUAACUGUGCCUGUACUAUAAAGACUAUUCAUUAUUGGUCAAUUCCUCCUAAUGAGUAAGUUGCUAAUGAAAUGUUCACUAAACAUGUACUUUUUGAUGGGAAAUUCCAUAUGCAAAAGAAACACAUGCAAUUUUAUCUGCUACAUUUUUCUGAGAGAAAAAGUCAUUCAUGCUGAAUUUACCCUUAGAAUUGGAGAUCUUAACAAUUUACCUUUUUAUACCAGCCUAGUGGAAAAAUGGGACCGUCUGCAGACAACAGUCCCACAUCUUGCUCCACAGUGACAUGGAACAUUACUACAACUGAUGGUUGAGGGGCAACUACUUUAGACUGCAAGAGAGAAAAAUAACUCAGUUUCUUGGCAUUUAGUACGUUUUGGUUUUGUGAAUAAGAAGUAGGAAGUUAAGAGUAAUUAGGAGUUUUUGUAGGAAAGAAGCAUUGAGCUUCUAUGUUAGUACUGUGUGGUCCAUUCUAAAUGUCUGACUGCAUGCUAAUGGGCAAGCCUACUUUUUAAAAGUUAAUUUGGUGUCUUACAAACCAAAUCAUGUCAUUUGCAAACAGAAAAGAUGACCUUUCUUUUUUAAAAUAUAUGUACCACUUAAUAAUUUAUCCUUUUCAAGUAGGUCUCAAUAUUGUUCACUCUCUAUCCUGGUAGAAGGGGUACAUAGAUCAGAAUAGUAGGUCAGUACAUGAGACUUAGAACUACCCUGAAAAGAGAGCUAAUUGGUGUUUCACCAGCUAAAUUAGGAAAACAUAAAUUAAGCAAUUUGCCAAUCUGUAGCUCGGAUGGAUUUCAAUAGUUCUGUCUCAGGGACACUUCUUUCUGUUUCUGUAACAUUUCCUUUCUAAACACUUAGGAAUGAUCACUAUUCAAUAAAUAGCCUUGACUGGAGCUUUUCUGGCUUUACUUUCAAAAACACAAAGGAGUUAUCAACAAAUACAAUCCAAUAAAAAUGUCAUAGUAAGAAAAAUUAAUUGGAAAUUUUUGCAGAAUAUAAAUCAUUAAGGAGCCUAAGAUAGCAAGGACCAAAAAAGGGAAAACACUGAGUUCAAGAAUUGAAUAAAAUUUUCUGGCUAAGAACCAAUAAUCUAUAUGACAAAACCCCAACAUUUUGGCAGGAGAUAUUCAAUGCUAAGAGAUACUAAAUUAAGAUCACAAACACUAUCAUUUCAACUUUUGCUUUGCUUUUUCAUUUUUUCCCAUUCUACUCUAACCUGCUUUUCUCUAACAGUGUGAAGAGAAUUUUCCAUAAAGAAGUAAAAUAGUUUGUGAAGUAUUACUAUUAUUAUUUGGAUUUUGACUUUGCCCUACCCUUAAGGUUUCUCUUUUUGGUGUAAAUGGUGGGGUUAAAAAUGGUUUGAUUUGUCUUUUAAAAAUACGUAACUCAUUUCAAUAUGUGCAGAAAAUUGACAAGUAUCAAUAUUUACAAAAUACUGUUCUCUGGGAAAUUAAACUAUGUUAAAUGAUCAAAUGAAACCUAGAGGUCACCUGGGGCACCUGGGUGGCUUAGUUGGUUGGGCUGCCGCCUUUGUCUCUGGUCAUGAUCCCAGGGUCCUGGGAUCAAGCCCAGCGUGGUCAGGCUCCCUGCUCAGCAGGGAGGCCUUCUUCUCCCCCCUCCUCCCCUGCCUUCUGCUCUGCCUGCUUGUUCUCUCUCAAUCUUUCCGUCAAAUAAAUAAAUAAAAUCUUAAAAA